UGGCUGAUACCACAGAAGCAGAGAGCUGAGCAUCACACAUUGCCCCCCUUUCUUCUAUGUUCGAGGAUCAUUUUAUGUGGACAUUUUCCCCUUCCAUUUCAAAUUUCUCAUCAUGGCUAUGCAUGAUAUGAAUCGUGCCAAGGGUUUUCCUUGCAAAGAAUGCGACAUGAUAUGCCCAAGUACACCUAGCCUUCUGGAGCAUAUGAAAGCCCACUAUCAACAAGAAGCGAUUGGCAGAUUUGAAUGUGAACAGUGUGGACGAAUUUUCAAGCAUGCCAGUAGCUUGGCGUCGCACAAAAAGUCCCACGAGCUGGGUUCAUUCCAGUGCCCAGUCUGUACGAGAACACUACCCAAUGCAUUAGCCCUGAAGAAUCACCUCCGCAUUCACACUCUGUCUCCUAGUGCACAAGCUGAAGAGGAGAAUGAGGAUGGUGUUGAUGAAGAUAGGGAUUAUGGCUUAGCACAAGAUCUUUCUGACACAGGUUACCGGGGCCACCUGAACAGCAGCGGCAGCAGCAGCAUGAUGGCGGGCCACGACCACGACAAGCAGAAGUCUCCGGGGUCCGAUGAUGCUUGGGACAGGCCGUUCAAGUGCGACCAGUGUGACAGGACCUACCGGCACCACGGCAGCUUGGUCAACCACAAGAAGUCCCAUCAGGAAGGCACUUACAAGUGUACCGUGUGUUACAAGCAGUUCAGCAAUCUGGCAGCACUCGGGGCCCAUGAGCGCACCCAUUCCAAGUUCAAGCCUCCUGGGAUGUCCAUGGGUAGCCUUGUGCCCGAGGCGUCUGAACAUCGCCCCCCUGCCCCCCAAAACGACGACAUGGCAGCCUGCUUUUGCCACCUGUGCCAGGUUUCUUUACCCAGUAAGAGUGACUUUCAGGAGCACGUCCUGUUACAUAACGCUGCAUCGUCGUCGUUGGGGCUGACGCGUAGUUUCCCAGGAAUAGUCCCACACAAUCUCAGCACUGUUCGUUCACCGGCAGUCAAUCCUUACACCCCAGCUCUUGGCGACCCUCUUCCGCUCCCCCCUUUACCUGACAAACGUUACGAUCAGAUGCUAGGGCCUCCUGUCAACAGUCCCAUUUAUACAUGUGCGUACUGUGGGUCCGGACAUUCCGAUGUGGAAAGUCUCAAACUGCACUACUUAACCCAUGAAUCACAUCCCCCACCACAUGCCCAAGUGGGAUCCUCUAUUCUAAAUUCAGAUGGACUGGGCUCCAACUCCCAGCCAUCUGUAUCCUCGCCCAGCGGGGAGUCCAGAUCCCAGCAGGAGUCCUCGCCAAUUGAUGACGCAGACCGCAGGUUCAAGUGUCAAGAGUGUGGAAAAAGCUAUCGGCACGCAGGGAGUCUUGUUAAUCACAAGCGUUGUCAUCAGACAGGGCAGUACCAGUGCACUAUUUGCUGUAAGGAGUAUUCUCACCUUGCUGCGCUCCACAGCCACCUCCGCAGUCACAAAUCUCGCCCAAACUCUCAGGGUAUGAACUCAGAAGGUGACUGGCUCUCAUCAGAGCCCAUGACAGGCCUAGAUUCCCAGCAAGGCUUUGUGCAUUCUCAGGAUCAGGAGAAUGGCACAACAACUCCCAUCUCCCUUUCUGGUAAUCUUGGUGAUGCAGCGCAUUUUGUUUCUGACAGUGGUCAUAGCAGCGGCCUUGAUUCGCUGGGGUUCCAUGACCGAUUCGAUGGCUCAUUAGCUCAAGGCAACUCUCAGAACAGUCGCCAAUCAGACCGGAGUUUAUGUGCGGAACAGAGCAGCAUGUCCAAUGGUUACAUGGGAAACAUGGGCUUCCACAGUCCGAGCAGUACCUCUUUGCCAGCAAGCAGCUCCAGUCUCAAGGAAGGCAACCGCCAUCGCCGUGGACAAGAGCAUUAUGGGGGAAAUCAGCGAGGCCAGUCUAAGAGAAUCGAAGAUAAAGAUGAUGAAGUCUACCAGUGCACAGUCUGUGGGAACCAUUACGCAAGCCUUCGGGCUCUUCGUAGCCACUUACGCAGCCAUGGCAUGAACCAAGGUGAUGGCUCGUCCUCCUCCCUUUCACCUGUAGGUGAGCAAGAGUGGAGGAGGCGGCAGGAGGGUAGUCAAGCCAGUCUACUGGUUUGUAGUAUAUGUGGCCAGACUUUCAGUAAAAAACACGACCUCCUUAAUCACCAGUUGGUCCACGGACCUCCUCGACCAGGUGGCUCUGGACAGGGCUUGGGGGGCGGCAGCUCUAGUGCUAAUGGCAAAAUGGAUGGAAGGAACCACAUUUGCGUUGACUGUGGCAUGUUCUUUGCAGAUCGCCAUCACGUGAUCACUCACCUGUGCCCAGGCAAGGGGAGAGGCGGACUGCUGAGCAAAGACUUGAACGGAGCUAAAGGGAUGAGUGGUGGUGCUGGGACCAGCAGCAGCGCUGUGGGCCACCGGCAAAUGUCCGGCACGGACGAUCGGCCACAUAGGUGCGACCAGUGCGGGAGAGGUUACAGGCAUCCGUGUUCACUUCUGAACCACAAGAAAUCACACAAGACUGGGGUCUUCCGCUGCCUUGUCUGCCAAAAACGCUACUACAACCUGCUGGCCCUCAAGAACCACCAGAGGACUCAUUUUGACUUAAAGAGGCACAAGUGCGAGGAGUGUGGAAAAGCCUUUAAGAUCCAAAAGCAAUUAAUCAACCAUCUCCGUCUGCACGAAGAGCACCGAGCCAAGACAGGAGUUCGGGAUCACCGCGUACAAAACAUGAACCAGCACAACGGAUCACGUUACGAGGGAGGACCCUCCCAGAUGCAGCCGAUGAGAAUGGGCGACCCUAAGAUGCAGAACCCUUCCCAGAUGAUGCCCAAUUACGGACAACCGCAAGGUUUUAAGAAACCGUACGCCGGGGCUAGGGCUCAACAAUUGGACGACGGAAGUGGGCGGCGCCCUUUUGCCUGCGAUCAGUGCGGCCGCACCUACCGUCACGCUGGCAGCCUGGCCAAUCACAAGAAUCUACAUAAGAUCGGCGAAUACCAUUGCAACGUUUGCAACUCCACCUACCCCAACCGCCUGGCUAUGAAGAACCAUUUGCGUAUGCAUUUCGCCCUGAAGAAGUACUCUUGCCAAGACUGUGGACGCGGGUUCAGGAACCAGAGGCAGCUUGAAACUCACACCGCCAACCAACUUUGCAAAGACCUUCCAGGUCCGAGUGUGCCACCGCCAAUGCCUCCUCCCCCUCCUCCAAGCUACGAGUGCAACGGAUGUGGUCAGUGUUUUCGAGCCUCUUCCGACCUCGCAUCGCAUAAUUGCAGCGCACAGCUUCCUUCAUCCUCAGCCUCCCUCAACAGCUCCGUUUUAACUAUGGAGCCUGGUGACCUGGGAUCUCCAGAACGCGAGGAGCGACCUUUUUCCUGCGACCUCUGUGGCUGUUCGUACAAGCACGCCAGCAGCCUUCUGAACCACAAGAACACGCACAAGACCGGCAACUUCAGCUGCUCCUACUGUGACAAGCCCUACACCAACUACAUGGCGCUGCGCAACCACAUGCGCAUCCACACGCAGAAGAAGAGGCACAUCUGCUCCACCUGCGGGAAAGCCUUCCGACUGGCUCGGUUCCUGCGCAACCACCAGAGGGUCCAUGAGGAAGGACACGCCCGGUUCGGAUGCCCCACCUGCGGGAAGAGCUUCCAAGGGCGCUCUGGGCUCGCCAGGCACCGCUGCGGGGACAACCAGGUAGGCAACGAGUACAGGAGGAAGGACACUUCAAGCACUUCGAGAGAAGGGGCAGAAGAGUGCCGGUUCACGUGUGAGCAGUGCGGCCGUUCAUACCGUCACGCCAGCUCUCUGCUGAACCAUAAGAACACACACACCGUCGGCAUCUAUCACUGCGCCGUGUGCCUCAAGACCUACCCCAACCUGCUCGCUCUGAAAAAUCACCGUCGGAUCCAUUCGGAGUUGCGGCGGCACCGGUGCCCGGAAUGUGGCAAGGCUUUCCGCGUCUUCUCUCAGCUACAGAACCACCGCCGGCUCCACCAGAAAGAGCGCGAGUUCACAUGCACGCAGUGCCAGCGCACGUUCCCAAGCCAGACCAGCUUCCGAUUGCACCUACAGAUGCAUCACGGUCGAGGCCAGAAAUCCUCACACUACUCCCACCAGCAGAUUCCGGAACGUUCCUCCUCCUCCGGCGGCACUUCCGAGCUCGGAUGGAGUUCCGGGCUCGACCUGACCCUGAUGCAGGCCUGCCACCAAAACCCGCCACAGCGCAGCCGCAAUGAUGCGGGCCGUAAGUCUCACGUUUGCGAUCAGUGCGGGCGCGGGUACCGCCACGCUAGCUCGCUGCUCAACCACAAAAACAGCCACAAGUCUGGCACGUACUACUGCAGCCCUUGUCAGAAAGAGUUCUCCAACCUGAUGGCGUACAAAAACCACCGACGCAUACACACCGAGCCCAAGCGGUACCAGUGUUCAGACUGUGGCAAAGCAUUCCGCGUUUCCACACAGCUUGUCUGCCACCGCCGCAUCCACACCAAGGAAAAACCAUUCUCGUGCCAGCAGUGCGACAAACGAUUCUCCAGCAAGUCAAACCUGCGGCAUCACCAAAAAGUCCACUGGUCACAUAACAGCGGCGCCCCCAUGGGCACGUCGAAUUUCCUAUCGAUGCCAACCGGACCUUUUAUAUAAUCUAGAAGGGGGCAGGAACUUUUGAAACAAAUUCAAUAGUGACAAGGUUUCUCGAGGUGCUGCCAGUGAUGAGGUUUCUGUGAGGAGGGGUGCUAUUAUUUUUCAGACGAGCAGGUUGUUUAGGUUUUAGAGGACUAACCCAUUCAUUUCCAUGCAGAAGUGAAAAAGCUAGGUUGUUUUGUGUGUUCACAUGUGUCUGUCUUGAAGACUUUAACUUUCCUAAUUUACACUCGAGCCUGAAGCGUGCGCUCCGAACCUUUUACUGCAGGUGUAGACAUGUGCCGAUCGACACACAUCGCUGUCACGGGAGCAGUGCAGACUCGUCCGUAUGCAUAUUACACACGAUACAUGUUGUUCUAACUGAGUGUAUUAAAUAUGUUUAAAAUCUUUUGGCUAAAUUGAAUGUUGUUUUAAAAAUUAACUUUGAAAGCCAAGUCCUCGGCAUAUGUCUAUAACGAGCGUAAAGAGUUUGCUUUCAUGUUCACAUCAUAAAUUAAGACCAACUUCUUCACAGAUCCAUUGCGUCCAUUUUUGAUGACAUCACGGCGAACGUCCUGAUUUUAAAUAUUCAUUAAAAGAAAAGUAAGAACGUUUUCAUCACUGUAGUCACACCUUCACGCUCCGAAACAUCCCCUCCUUCCCCCACCCCACCGUCAUCCCGUAUGACCCAAAUGCUUUCACUCACACACUCGACUUCCUGGUGAAACAAACGCGUGUAAAAUACACAUUGUAAGAUUGAUGUACGUGUAGGUUUUAGAUCUGACCGCAUUAUUAUAGGUCACAUUUGAAAACUGACCGCAGUCGCCAUGUCGUGUAGAACUCUCAAGGGUGUGUUUUUCGUUCUCCCUUCAGAUGUUCAAAUUUUUUUUCCUAACUUGUGUGUGACGACGAGCUUCAAACCUUAUUAUUAAUUAUGACUAUUAUUAAAUAUUAUCAUCAUUCUGCAGAUGGCGGAAUUGCGGUUUGCUUUCUGUUGCUCGUUGUAAUUUUAAAGAACCCUUGUUUAAAAAGAAAAAAAAUUAAAAAGCAGCGCCUAAUUAGCUAGUGUAUAGAAAAUUGAUAGGUUGUGCUUUUUGGAAAGAAUUAAAAAUACAAAAAAAGAAAAUGUUUUAAAGAAACAAGAAGCAAAAACGUGUAUAUUGAUAGGCUUGUACUGGCAUUUUGGUUUUACCUUGUAUUGUAUCGUACUUCUGACUGUAUUAUUUACAGGAACACUUUUUUAUAAAAAAAAGACAUCACUGUAGUAUGCGUUUUUAUUUAUAUUAACCCCUAUGAUAGUUUUUAGGAAAUCUCCCUCCUCCACAUUUUUGUUUAUUUAAUUUUUUGGUUUUUGCUUUCAAUACGCGACUGACUCUUUGAGUCGAGGACGCCGGGACUCCUAAAGAACAUUUGUUCUUGUGAUUAAUGGUUUUUAUGCUUUGAAUGCGAUUGGGCUGUGUCUCAAAUCUCAAUCCUCACUCCCUUUCCCUUGUACAAUAGACAGGGAGCUGUAAUAAUGUGUCUCCCCCGAUUGAGUGUCACUGUAUCGUUACUCCGUCCUCGUGACAGUCGUUUCCCCAAGGGAAAAAAAAACAUGGAUGUGCCUCUGUUUCACACUUUUAAAGUAUUCCCUUUUUUUUUUUUUUUUUGGUGAACAUUACAAUCAUUUGGGCUAACUUGUACUUUUAUUUUUUCCCUUCCUCUCCUUUUUUUAUUUUUUUUUUAUCCCUUAUUUAUUAGUAUUUUAUUUUUUUUUUAUUUAAUUGCUUUCUGCGUUUAAUCCUUUAAUGCCAGGACACACUGGUGUUACCGAGUCCAUGAUCUUAUAAAAGAGCACAGUUAAAAUUGUGUGUGUGUACAUAUAAAUAUAUGUUCCUAUAACCUGGAAUUAGGUAAGGAAAAAAAAGAAACUGAACUCUAUAACAGAGCUAGGUGCAUUGAUCUUAUCUGAUCUGAUCUGAUAUGGGAAAGAUUGCAGGUGAUUAGAGGUUUCCACUUUGUGUUUUAACCUUUUCUUUUUGUUUCCCUCUUUUCAUGCGUUAUAUAUAUGUACUGCUGACUACACUUUUUUUAAAACUACAUUUUGAUAAUUCAUUUCCUAACAGAAAACUCGUUUGGAUUAUAACCUUAACGCUCUCAAGUAAUGAAAAUAAAUAGCUGAAAACAAAA